UGCUACUGAAUUCAUUCAAAAUGAAAGCAGUUCAGCUUCAGCAGUUGAUCUCUAAGCUUCGCAAACAGAAAGUCCUGGUAAAGGAUGACAAGCCAAGACGGAUGACUCCAUCAGUUUUUAAGCAAGAAAUGAUGCAGUCCUCAGAGGAGCGCCUGAAUAACAUCACAGAGAUUUAUCUGCCCCUCAGGCUCGAGACUCCAGAAGACAACACCACUCAUCGCAUGCCGGACCGUCCGAUUUUCCAGCCUUACCCAUCAGAGCUGGUCUUCCAGAACUUUAUUCCCUUACAAACCUACAGUUUGCCGCUGCUGCUUCUCAACAAUGACCAGGUUGCACACCCUGUGAAGUUGGAGCAGGAUAUUUCAGAACAGUUUUACGUGGUGGGUCCAGAAACUGGAAGAAGCAAAAUAGCACCAGGAAUGACUGCCAGUUUUAUGAUAUUCUUCACCCCACAGGAGAACAAGGACUACAGCCACAAACUGAUUUGUGUUUCUCCAAGAGAACGUUUUGAGAUUCCAAUUCGUGCCAUUGGGCCCCGCGCCAUACUUGACUUUAAAGAUGAGAUUCAUUUACCUUCUUGUCUAGUGAAAGCAUCCACAGAGAAAACACACUUUGUUUGCAACAUAGGCAACUGUAAGGCCAAUUUCAAGUUGCACACAAAAAGGCCUUUUUCAGUGACACCCAUUACUGAUCUUAGCAAUGUUGGAGAAGGCAUCCAGGUGACUGUGGUUUUCCAGCCCAUGACAGUUGGACAGUUCAAGGAAGACCUCAUCCUGCAGUACGACACUGGUGAAGAUGUCCACAUCAGUUUGUUUGGGACUUCAGAGGAACUGAACAUCUGUCUUCAACCUCAGCCUGUAAAUCUGAAGAAGACUUAUAUCUCCCUGACCAGCUCUCAGACAGUAUCACUCACCAACUGCAGUGACAUUCCUCUUCAGUACCAUUGGACAGUGUCGCCAAGUCAGGCUAAAGAUGACCUGUCCUUUUUCAGGAAGAACUCUGUGCUUCAGCAGGAGGAGGAGAAAAGGGAGGAAAAUAUACGUCGACCUACUCAGUGUGAGUCUGACCCCAAAGCGAUCCAUCACCCCCUGCUGCUGUCCCAAAGGCUGCAGGAGAGCAAAAGCCAUGCUGCAGAGGUCUGCCCUCCUACACUUUCACUCAACGGCAUAACAUUGGAUCCAGUGAUGGGAGAGCUUUGGCCUAACACUACAGCAAACUUUCUCAUUGUCUUCAAGCCAGAGGAGGCUAAAGUUUACCAACAUACCGUUUAUUGUGAUGUCACAGGCAAGCAAUCACCAUUACCCCUUCGGAUCAAAGGUGAAGGCCUGGGACCAAAACUCAAGCUCAACUAUAUCCUGAUGGACAUAAGAAAUGUGUUCAUAGGUGACAAAGAUCAUUAUGAGCUGCAGAUGACAAACAAGGGACUGAUUGAUGCCCCUUUCAAGUUUUCUCGCCCUAAGACCAAGUUUGGCCUGUGUUUUUCCAUCCGUCCCAAGGAAGGUGUUGUUCCCGCUGGGAUCUGCCAGGCUGUAGAAAUCACUUUUCACAGUCGGACCUUGGGAAGCUUUUCUGAGGAUUUGCUGUUAACUGUCACAGGACAGCCUCAAUCUCAAACCAUAACUUUCAGGGGUUGUGUAAUUGGCCCCACAUUCCACUUUAAUGUGUACGAACUAAAUUUUGGCGACGUAGCUUUUGGUUUUCCAGCAACACAGACAUGUACCCUUUUCAACACAUCAUUUGUUCCAAUGACUUUUGCUUUACAUGUCAUUGGGGACGGAUUAGGGCCUAAUAGCAUUAGCAGUGCCAAACAGGUGUCUGAUUUAUCCCCAAAGAGUUGGCAAGGACAUCCAACUUGGGACCGUUGUCUUCGACCAGUGGAGUUUACUGUCAGUCCAGCAACUGGCACUGUGGAUGCCAUGUCUAAUGUCAGCAUCAAGGUUACUCUGUGCUCGAACACAGUGAAGAAAUAUGAACUGGCGCUAGCAGUAGAUGUUGAAGGUGUCGGAGAGGAAAUCAUGAUUUUGCCUCUCAAUGCCAGGUGUGUUGUGCCUGGGAUUGAGGUUGAACCUCCCAUUUUGGACUUCCAAAGAUGUUACCUAGAUCUUUCCUAUGAAAGGAAAUUGCGGUUGAUCAACUCCAGCAAUCUUCCUGCUUGUUAUGGUGUCCUAGAUCAGGAGGUAGAGGGAAGUACACCAGUACUUUUUGGCAGCUCUAUGCCCAGAGGAGUUCUUUUGGCUGGUAGCUCAAAGGAGAUUCCUGUGUCCAUCGUGGCUCGCACUUUAGGAAGAAUCCAGAACUCUCUACAUAUAGCUGUGUUUGGCAGCCUUCAGCAGCCUCUGGAGGUCCUUCUGUCAUGUGUUGGACAGGGACCCAUUGUUUAUGUUCCCAUCUCACAGCUGAAGUUCGGCAGCAUUCCUGUCCUGACGGAUGUUACUCGAACACUUCAACUUCUCAAUCAAACUCCCAUUCCUGCUCACUUCAACAUCAGUUUGAUUCAUGAACAGUCCUAUUGGCGUGUUGACCCUAGUGAAGGAGUAGUGCCACCUGAGAGCCAGCUGGAGCUUAAGAUAGUAGCAAAUUUGAAGGACACACUUCACUUUACGGACAAGAUGGAAAUAUCCAUACGGGACAGCAGAACACACAGUGUCUCACUGUCAGCCACUGGCACUGGGACAACUAUUGUCAGCGACAAACCUUUUGGCCCUACUCUUGACUUGGGCACACACUUCCACUUUGUUCCAUACGAGUACAAAUUCAAGCUGACCAACCUUGGUUUGCGGCAUCACCGGAUGUUCUGGAAGAUUGGUGGCUUCCUGGCUUCUCCAAAACAACAAAUAAACUUCUCUGGUAGAACAGCGUUACCUCCAAUCAGCUCUUCUAGACAGAGAGAUUCUGUGAAACGUAAAUCUACGCCAUCCACCAGCAGAGAAAAAAAUGUGUUCAGCCUCAGUCCCGCUUGUGUGGACCUUUCUCCGGGCUGUUCUGUUGACAUGGUACUAACAGCAUCCUCGGACUCCCCCAAGAAUUUUCAUGAGCGUCUGGUGUGCGACAGCAUCAUUGGUGGCCAUGGCUGUCAGCAAACCAUCAUGUCUGUGGAAGCAAUGUGUCGUUUUGUUGCUCCAGUGCUUAAUAUUUCCUCAGAGCAACUGAACUUUUGCGUAAAAAAGGUCAAGGGGAAGACCCUGUUGCCUGUAUAUGAGAAGCUGGUCUUUCAAAAUGUGUCCUCUUUGCCUCUGUCCAUGGAACUCAUUCUUCCAAAGCACUUCUUUCUGUGUGAGACUUCAGGAGAGCACAGCUCAACUACAGCCAAGCAUUUGGUUUUAGAGGACCAGGGUCAAUUUGAGUUCUGGGUUUGCUUUGAUCCAUCUUUCUGUACAGACUUAAUGCACCGUAUUGUGAAUGAGACGCUUACAAUAAAUUACUUGGAAGUCCCACAACAAGAGUGUGUGAAGUUGCAUGCUGAGGUCCACUUUCCGAACCUUCAGUUUUCUUCAUCCAUUGUGGAUUUUGGUUGCUUGCAAAACUGCUCAGAGAUAAAGAAAAUGAUAACAAUGACCAACUGCUUUCAGCUGCCAGUGUGCUACAACUGGGUUUUUAUGGAGUACCAAAAACGCCCUUUGAGAAAAACAGAAACGGCAAAAGCAUCAAUUAACUAUCGAGAGAGUGAGACUGAGGUUUCUCCAUUGCCUGUGUGCCUCAGUCCUGAAGCAGAUGACCAGAGCAGCACACUACGUCCUGUGAAUGUGGAGGAGGUUUUUGACAUCUUACCAAUGUGUGGCGUAUUGCAGCCUCAAGAUGAGCAGCUUGUCACUUUCUCUUUCUUUGGUCAUGAGAACAUCAGGAGGGAGGUGGUGGCUAAGUGCUAUGUUGAAGAUGGACCAACAUAUGAAGUCCAAGUCAGAGGAGAAGCCUCAGCAAUGUCUUACAGUCUUCAAUCCUCACAUCUUGACUUCGGCUUUCAGCUCUUUCACUGUGUCGGUGAAGUUGAAAUGUGUGUUCGCAAUACCAGCAAAGUGGACUUUGACUUCAGCGUCAUAUACUUUCCAAAUGCAAAGGAGAACGAAGGUGUUGAUAAAGGAGAUGGAGCACUGAUUAAGGCAGAUGAUGACAACAGAGAUACACAGCAAUUAAAAGGAAGUGGUGAACAACACGAGAGGCUGAAGAUCAGACCUGGGUGGCCCAUAGUUAUUCCAUCUGUGGGCUACAUUAGUGCUGGUUCAGAGAAGCACCUGCGUGUACUUUACCUGCCUGGCAUCCCUGAAGUGUUUAAGAAGCAGUUUCUGCUUCAGGUGGCUUUCUUACCGCCGCAGGAGGUCACGCUAACCGGGGUGGGAGUGUUCCCAAGAAUCCAACUGAAUUUGCCACAAAACCUGUCAGAGCAGUGCUACAGAGAUGUGGUGCAGCAGGCCCAUGAUGCUGUGAAAGCACAGAGUGCCAGUCAGGAGCUUACACUUGAAGAAGGAGCUGAACAACAGCCUGAUUGUGGGCCAUUGAGUGAAGAGUUGAUCCAAAUGGAGGUUGAGAGACUUCUAGUGAAAGAUAAUGCCCAUGUGCCUGACAGGCUGUGGGAGCUCGGUGACUCACCAAGUUCUGUUUCACAUUGGCAGGAUUUACACAAGUUCAAGCUUCCACCAUAUAUCCUGGAUUUUGGCUUGGUGUUUCCAGGCAAAAUCUUCGAUCAGACAGUGAACAUCUUAAACAAUGGGCUAAUACCAGUGACCUUCCAUGCCUACUGCAAACAUCUAACAGGCACAGGCUUCACAGCAGAAUUUCAAAACAUAAAGAACCUUCACAGGGGUGAAAGUCAGACUUUUACAAUUACGUUUGAUUAUCUCUCUGCCAAAGGAAAGGUGGGACAGACAAGUGUCAUUCUGCCAAUACAGCUCACAGAUGGCCCAGUGGUGCAGGUGGAGUUGUGUGCAAACAUUAGUAUUCCAGCGAUCACUACCUCAAUGGAUCUGCUGCUUUUUGACAAAGUGCAGUGUGGCAUGUGCCAGAUUCAAAAGCUGCAGCUGAAAAACUGUGAGGCUGUACAAUGUCAUUGGAAGAUAACUGAAGAGAUGAAGCCUCUCAAAAAGCAUCAACAGCACCCUCCAAAGAUAUUCCAGGUGUUUCCCUGCUGUGGUGUGCUGGAUCCUGACGAAUGUGUUACCAUCCACGUCAAGUUCAACCCUAUUCACGGGGGUUCAUACAGCAGACGGUUGGUGGUCCAUGUCGAAGACAGCAUUGAGCAGGUCUUCAUUACAGCUAAGGGUCAGGCUGAAGAAGCACUCCUCGAGUUCUGCCCAUCUGUACUGGAGCUCGGACCCGGUCUUCCCUUUAGCACAGAAUCUAAAUCUGAGGUCACAGUGAAAAACCUCUCCUCCUUUCCCAUCGAGUUUUACUGCCUUGAGUUUGACACACAGUACCUCAAGGAAGAAGAGACCCUGCGGACUAUACCAGAAUAUGAUGAGAACAACUUGCUGCUGCUACCCCCAAGGACCCCUGGAGAGGGCCUCCCUGUGGAGCUGCAUGAAUAUUGUUCUCGGCUAAAAGAUUAUGAGCAGAAUGAAGGCAUAGAAGAAGCUGAUUCAAAGAAAAGUGGCACAGUAAAGGAUGAGGAGAAAUCAAAACCAAGUGAUGGUCCAGUUGAGAUGGACCCCUUUUUUUCAAAAUUGACCAAAGAGGGAAUCAGUCAGGGAAAGUUAGAGUUGACCCCUGUGGUCAGAGCGAUUGCCCGCUAUAUGGAUCUGGACCUUUCCCUGGAGGGACAAACAGUACAACACAGAGGAAUUGCCAUCAUUGUAUAUGGAGCCCCUUUGGCAGAUAAAAACAAGUUGGCAGUGGCUCUGGCAAAUCACUAUGGAACAGCGUGCUUGAGCAUUGAUGGUGUGGUCACAGAUGCAAUUCAAAAUGGCACUUCUUCAGUAAGCCUAUCAGUAAGACAGCUUUAUGAUACUCUAUUUGCUGAAUAUGAACAAAAAAGGGCUGCAGAAGCUGAGAAGAUGCAAACAAAACAUGCCGCACAUCCUGAAAGCUCAGUUCGGCAUCUAACUCCAGUUGGUACUGCGGAAGCUCCCCCAGAGUAUAUAGAAAAGCAUCACCAAAGAAAUUUCAGUUCAUCUCAUCACAAGUUAGAAAUCUCAGCAAAAGAAUCCAGUGUGAAAGGGAAUUUGCAGCCAUUCCGUUUUUUCCCAUCUGAAAACCAGAUUAGUGAAAUCCUCAUGGAACGUUUUCAGUCAAACGAUUGUCAACGUGGAAUGGUCAUCAGUGGCCUGGAAUCUAUUUACACUCACUCUCUACAAAGCUCGCUUCAAGCUGUGCUCAAGGCAUUCUGUAACCGGAAGCACAUCUAUGUAGUCAACUUAUUUGACACCUACGAUGCCCUGACAAAACGUGAAGGACUACAGAGACAAGCUCAGGAAGCCUUGCAGAAAGAGAUAGCUGAGAGGGAGGAGAAGUGGUUCUGGGAGUUGGAUCAGGAAAUGUUCGAUGCUUUGCCUGACGAACAUAAGGCGGGUAUUACCCAGCGACACUUGCAGACACUUCGACAGAAAAAGCAGAGAAGGGACCUUGAGCAGAAAGCAAAGGAGGAGGAAGAAAGGAGGCUGCAUGAGGAGUAUCUCAAGUCAAAAGAAAAGGAAAGGAAAAAGAAGAAAAAGGAUGAAAAGUUAGAAACCGUAGAAGUUCCGAAGAGGAAAAACUCAAUAGAAUUAAAGCAGUUUUUUGUGGAUGAGCGACAGAGUGAGUUUGAAAAAUUUGAUCAGAUCCAGGCAAUGGUGGAUCAGAUCCUGCUGCAGUGGGACCGGGCCCAAGGCCUCCUCCUGGAUUCUCGUUAUGUUGAGGAAACUCUUCCAGGUUCAGAUGAAUCCAUAACAGAGAAAAGAUAUUCACACAUGAGUAAGAGAACAAAGAAAGGCCCCAUUAAGGCUAUCCAGAGAGCACCGGACGUCAUCCCUCACAUUGUGAUAAAUGUGACACCAAAUGGGAGUUGUAGUUUCACUGACCUGCUUAAAAACAGUGUACUUCCUUCUCUUGAAGAGAUAGAGAACGACUUGGGUUUAGGACCAAAUGGCCCCCUGGUUGUUCCCCCAACUACUCUCUCUGUUGUUGCUUUCCCUAAAUACAGGGAACAACUUAAAGUUAAUCAAACAUGUUUCACCUUCCUGAAUCCCUCUGACCAGGAUGAGGAUGAUGAGAAGAAAGAUCUAGAGGAAUCCUCGCAUAAAAAAACUCCACAGGAAAGGGCAGUUAAACGUCACAAGGAGUACAAGACCAAAGAGAAAAAGGGCAGAGACACUCAAACACCCUCGAGAAAACAAUUCAAGAUGACAAAAUUGAAGAAUUCAGAGAGUUUGACCACAUAUCGCUGGGUUGUACCAGCUGGCUCUGAGGUGCUUCUGAAGAUCUGGUUCUACUCUGAAUCACUAGGAGUUUUUGAACAGGUCUUCAAUUUUGAGUCAGUGGGGAGCACCAAACGUUACCAACUGACAUGCAGAGGAAUUUGCACCUAUCCCUCUAUCGCCACAGACUACAAGACUGUUUUUGCUCAAUCUAAGAAGGUAGCACAAGAGAAAGAAGGCCUUCAGAAGACCUAUGUAAUUAAACCUGGUUACUUUGAGUUUGGACCUUUACUUUGCAGCAAAACUAGAGACAGGUAUAAGAAAAACACAUAUCCAGAAAACUCUGAGAGGCUAGAAAUUUGUAACGACUCUGGUAUGGAGGCAGAGGUCACGUUCAGUUUCCAACAAGACACUCAGGGCACAACAUAUCUGCUAGAUCCCCCUACAAUGACUCUCUCACCAGGACAGAAAGAAGUGCUGACAGUCUAUGCAUAUCCAACAAAACAAGGACAGAUAAAAGACAGCUUAAUUUGUAAUAUCAAGGACAAUCCUGAGCCUGUGAUCAUCCAAAUCUCUUGCUGGGGCAUCCGACCAGAAGUCGAGCUGGACAGCACCCAUUUAAACUUCGGCAAGGUUCUGCUGCACAAGAGAGACAGCCGUGGCAUCAUGAUGGUUAACAAGACUGUUUUGCCACUAUCUUGGAUGCUUCAGGGCGUGGACACCUUGGGUGACGAGUUUGUAGUGCCACAAGAUCAAGGAAUCAUCCAGCCAAACUCCUGUUUCCCUCUCUGUGUGCAUUUCAAGGCCAAGAAGCCAGUACUUGUUAAGAAAAUCUUGCGUCUUGAGGUGUACGAUGUGGAGAAAAUUAUUGGAAUUCUGCACACUGAAAACUUAACAAUUCAUGCUGAAGCCUAUGAUGUAGAUCUGAAGAUCGAACCAGCUGCUAGUUUGGACUUUGGAAUCCUUAGAACCUUUGAUGAAAGCAAACAUCAGCUAAAACUGACAAACAAAGGAAAAUAUGACUUAGCCUACAAAUUUUUAGUGCGACCUCCUAACCCAAAGCUUAACACCACAGAGUCCAUGUUCUCAGUGACUCCACCAAGCGGUACUCUGUCGGCCCGUGGGAAGUUCGCAGGAGCAUUAGUUUGCUGCAAACCUGAUAAGGAAGUCAAUUUGAAAGAAGAACCCAUCAUUAUUUGUCAGAUAAUUGAACCCAGCAUUAAAGGAGGAGAAACCAUAGCCACCAUAGACAUCAAGAUUUCGCUGCAGUCUUUCUACUCCAGAUACAAAAUAACACCUGCAUGUGACAUUGAUUUUGGCCCACUACCCUAUGGCUCAGACAAAACCCAGAGCUUCACAGUAGAUAACCACGGACUCUUCCCAUUCCAUUUCAGCCUAACACGCAUACUCUCAGAGCUUGGUAACAAUGCGAAGCCUGGAGGACGAUCUAGGGUGCCAGCUAGAGACUGUACUUCAUCAAAGUCCACCAGCGGCACUCUCGAAACAAAAGAUCAUCACAGAGAAUCGGGUUCUCGGGAUAUUUCACUGAACUUGGGCAUUUUCUGCGUGUCUCCCUGCAAUGGAAACGUGCAGCCUGGGGCUCAGCAGCAGAUAACCGUUGUCUGUUUGGCUGACCAGCUUGGCUCUUGGAACCAGGGCCUGCUUAUUGACAUCGUUGGCCGUGACCCCUCAGAACAGCCUGACGGUAUCACAUACAGACUGUUAGCUGAGGUUUGCAAACCAGGCCUUGUGGUAGAUCCAGAGUACAUCUUUGAAGAACACUACGUGUGUCAGAACAGUAACCAGCUGUCCUCAGAGCAGUUUGCCAAUGUUGAAGGCAUUUUUGUCAUGGAUGAGAAAAAUUUUUUUUAUAACAAAAUUCUAGUGGGGAAAACCUCUAAAGCCCGCUUUAAACUCAUCAACAACAGCAAGGUCCCUUGUACAGUUAACUUGGCCUUCAAAUAUGGUGGAAUUAAGGCAUCUCGACAAGUAUUUGACUUGUCUGCAACAACGCUGAACAUAUUGAGCCAGUCACAUGCUUAUGCUGUGGUCACCUUCACACCACUGGCAAUCCAGCUAUACAGUGUUUUGUUGGAAAUUACAACGAAGGGGCUCUCCAGAUCAAAACACACAUUAGUUAACCAAACCCUGGAGUUCCAGUUAAGUGGAGAGGGGACUCUGCCCAGCAUCUGUGUCCUGCAUCCAGCUCAGGGAAGCAGCCAGGGAAAACCAGUGAUGCAGUUCGGACGAAGUUUGGUGGGCAGAAGACAUACUUUACCUUUGGUGCUUCUCAAUAACGGAAAUGUAGAAGCGCAAGUCCAAAUUGAAUUGGUGGAUGAACAUGGUGUGUUUACAAUAAAACCUCCUCCAGGCGACACCACAGGCACUGUUCAGUGCGAACAACUUCAGCAACCUCCUCCUUCAGAGGGUCAAUUGAUCCACAGAGCCACUAUGAGGCUCAACGUGAAUGAACAGAAGAGGUGUGACGUUUGCUUUUGCUCCAACGAAUCAGUUACAAUUGAUACGUCAAUGACAGUGCAGUUGAAGGACAACCAGUACAAUAACACCAUAAUACAUGUGAUGGCAGAGACUUAUCAGGAAAUGGUGUCUCUCAGUAACAUCAGCAGCUCACCAGCAGAUGAAGAAGAUGAAGUGGAAGGUUUAUAUGAGGUGCUUCAUUUUGGUGACUGCUAUAUAGAUUGUAAAUCCCAAGAAAGCGUCACUAUUGCCAACCACAGCAAAAACCGGGUGGUGAAGUUCGAGUGGCCUCCCAGUGAACCAAAUGUCACAUUUUCACCAGAGGUUGGGCACCUUCAUGCUAUGUGUUCUAAGGAAGUGACCGUCACCUUCUGGUCCAGUCAGCCAGUAACUCUGAAGCAGCAAGUGACUUGUAAGAUUAGUGAGGUGGAGUUCCAGCAACCGAUAGAGGAGGUGGCCGACUGGGAUGACCGUCAUAGAACAGUGACAUGGCAAAGUGCUUCAGAAAGGGUUUUAAAAGAAUCUCAACAGCUUGACAGUAAAACGGUGAUAGAGACAAAUCCGGAACCUCUGUGUUCUGUGGUUGAGGGCUCUCAGGGGAGUCUGAAUUUGGAAAUCAGGGCAAUUUGUGAUUACUCAAAGUUCAGCUGCAGCACCAGCAACAUUCAGUUUAAAGACACCCUGCUUUUCCAAACCGAGCUCCACCAACUGCAGAUUAUCAAUGAGGGCAAUGUGAAAGCGGAUUUCUCCUGGCAAGUCCAAAUGGAUUCAUGCAGUGAGAUUACAGAUCUUAAAGAAGGAGAUGAGAGCUGGAGUUCUCAUCCUGACAACAAUCCAGACAGGCCUUCCAGUGAUCGGAGCAGCGCAAUGUCACCACUCAUGGGAAACCCCGAAUUGCCUCCAUUCACCGUGGAGCCCAGAAUUGGGACCAUAAAUCCUGGUGUUACCCAGACCUUCAAUGUUUGCUUUUCACCUGUGGAGGUAUCGCAAUUUCAGGGCACACUGCUCUGCAGUAUUCCAAACUUGGAGAACAGUGAUCAACCUCAUUGUAUCACAGUGUGUGGUAAAAGCCUGUUGCCUGAUAUCCAUUUUGAUUUGGAGGACUCGGACUACAUCAGUAGCAGCCAGCCUCUCGAUCCUAGCACUCGAGUUUUAGAGUUCAAAGCCCUUGGCUUAUCAACACCCAUAACAAGGUCAUUCAAUGUGAUUAACCCGACCAAGAUGGCUUACUCAUAUAAAUGGAUGUGUGACGACACUAAUCCCAAGUCUUUUCGUUGUCUAAAUUCUUUUGGGACCAUCCCACCAGGGAAGAAAGUGGAGAUGUGUUUUGAAUAUGUUGCUCAACACCAAGAGACAGUGGAGUCACUUUGGAGUUUCUUGAUUGAGAAUAAGUCAUUGUCUUUUCCCUUCUUUUGCGUGGGAACUUCUAGAGAGCCAUGCAUCUAUUUUGACAAACCUUAUCUUGACUUUGGGGAUGUGGUUGUUGGUCAUAAGGUGGAGCAGACAGUUGAUCUGGUGAAUGCAGAGGAAGAACCUUUCCACUUCUCCGUCCUGCCGGUGUCUCUUGUCACUGAAGACCAUCAGGCCAGCCUGAGUUUAAAGCCCAUGAAUGGCAUAGUGAUGCCCAAGAAUAGGUUACCACUGUUGAUGUGCUUCACACCUUCCUCAAAGGGAUAUACAAACUUCAAACCGAUCUUGAAAGUGAAGAGGAAGUCAGAACCACUUUCAUUCCACGUCAAGGCUGAUUGUUUCUCCAUGCCAGUUUCAGUUCAUAUUCAGGAGCGAGAUGGGAAUCUCAGAGAGCUCUUCCCUAACCAGGAGGAUACACUAGACUUUGGAAAGGUGGGAAUUUCAGAACUAUCUACCUAUAAUUUCCUGGUGUUCAAUCUUUCAAGAUUUACACUGGAAGUCAGCUUUGAGUUGUCGGGUCUCAGAGAGAAACUUCAGCAAUUAGAGGUGAAUCCUCUAAACGAUGUUGUCCCAGUUGGAAAGGAGCUCAAGGUAUCAAUGGUCUUUUCCCCUAAGAGCUUUUGCAACCUCCGCGGUGUCAAACUUAUUGUCAAGGUGAUGCCCGGUCCAACCUAUACUCUUUCUAUUAAAGGCAGAGCCAUGGCACCCAACCUUGACUUCUCCUUCACAAAGUUUAACUUUGGAAAGUGUUUCCUGUUCUGUCCGGGUAUGGCACCACCAUCCCACACUCUUCUCAUUCACAACAAAGACAAUAACGAAGUCAGUGUCCAAUGCCAGUUUCAAAACACAGCAUUCUUGAAGGUGGACUUCCAGCCAGAUAUUUUGAGACCUGGUGGUAUUAUGGCGGUACCAUUUUCCUUCCACCCCCAGAAGACUUGUCGUUAUAGUGGAAAGCUCCUUUUUGUCUUAGACAGCUGUGACACAAAACAAGUGGAGAUAGGAGGAGAAGGCAUUGAAUUAAAGCUGGAAGUGAUUGAUCCUCCACAAAAGAAAGUGAAACUAGGAUGUCUAGCGUUGGGUCAAAAAGUGAACAAACAAGUCAUUCUAGUCAAUGACAGCCUCCUAGACCUUUCUUUCACUUUGACACUGAACUCAGAUCCUCCUGUAGAUCCAAAGGACCUGACUGUCAGCCCAUUAGGUGACCUGAAACUGAAAUCUGGUGGAGGCUCCUGCAAGCUGCAGAUUCAGUUUUCACCUCAACAGCACAUUGCUCCGUUUUUGGCUGAGCUGCAGGCAGAGUUCAAAGGGUUCUUCCACCCCCUGCUGACCAUCGAGGGCUGUUGCAAGGGAUUGGAAGUCAAUUUAGACUGCAGCCAAGUGUCUUUUGGAGCUAUGGUCCAAAACUGCCAGACAAACAGGAGGAUUGUCAUGACGAACACCGGUGACACUACUGUCAGAUUUCAUUGGCAAACCAAAGAUUUCCCUGCAGAGUUGUCGAUCAGACCUGUAAAAGGAUAUAUCUGCCCAAGCAAGGACUUUCCCUUUGAGGUGACCUUUACCCCUGUGAAGCUCAGUGAUGACAUCAGAUAUGAGAACCUGUCCUGCUUCAUCAACGGUUCCCCAUUCAUUAAAUUGACGGUCACAGGUUCCUGCGUCCCACCUUCCAUUAGCAAAGAGGUGGUAAAUUUUUCUUGCCGAGUGCGCACCUCUCAAACUCAGACCCUAUCCAUAACCAACCCUACCUGUGAGUCCUGCAACGUCACACUUGUAGUCAAGGGUGAGCAAUGGAGUGCUGCUCACUUUAUGACCUUUGAACCCAGCCAAAGCAAGACAUUUGACGUCACGUACAGACCACUGACCAUGACGAUUGAUGGAAACAAACACCUGGGAUCAGUUUUUUUCUCUUUUCCUGGUGGGAGGGGAAUUCUGUUCAAUCUGCAAGGAAGUGCGUUUGCCCCAAAAGCAGAGGACACCAUCUCACAGGAGCUGCCUGCCAAAACCCAAAGCUCUAUUGUUCUUCAAGUCAACAACUGGCUCACCAGGCUGCAGAGGUUCUCUGUGCUGUUAGAGGUAGUUAAACCUGAGAAACCAGACCCAACUGUGUUCCUCAAAGGAGACAAGUCCAUCGAGGUUCCCGCUUUGGCCACGAGGGACUACACGAUGUCUUUUAAUGCAUACAAAGAGGGAGAAUACAUUGCAAGGGUGACAUUUCGUAAUGAAACAACAGGGGAGUUCUUGUUCUACCUCAUCAAUUUUAAAGUCAGCUCUCCAGGAGUCCUGGCUACUAUCAACCUGGAGACGCCUGUUCGCAGAGUGGCCUGCGGUGUUGUACAUGUGGAGAACCCCCUAAACAGAGCUACCAAUUUUACCCCAGAGUGUAAAUGUACUGACAUCAAGGCUCCACCUCAGCAGGUCGUUCCAGGACAGUCCAAGGGUUCUCUGAACUUCGAGUAUCUGCCUCUUACUGUAGGCGAAUCUACCAUACGUCUGACCCUGUCCAGUAUUGACCUGGGCCAAUUUCACUACAAUCUGCUUCUCAAAGCUGUCUCUCCACCACCAGAGCAGACAGUCCACUUCCACACUACACUGGGGAGCAGCGACUCUAAUUUCAUUAAUUUUACUAAUUACUCCCGUGCAGCCAAGUACAUCUGUAGGAGUGAUCGUCCUGAUUUUAUCGUGGACAAAAGUGUCAGUGUUUUGCCCGGUUUUCCUUCAGGGUCAGAAGUGAAGGUGGAUGUUCGUUUUGAGCCACAUCAGCUGGGCGAGGUGAGAGGACAGGUCACCUUGAACUCAGAUAUUGGUGGUGAAUACAUAUUUCCUUUGCACGGAGUCUGCACCUUCCCAAGACCUCAGGGGCCAUACAACAUCAAAGGGGGUGGCAGCAUCUCCAUCCCUUUCAAAAAUGUGUUCCUGACGACCACAACUUUCUCUUUCAAGGUUGACAACCCAUGCUUUACUGUCAAAGAGAUGGACAACAUAGCCUCCAAAAAGUCACAUAAUAUUAUGGUGUACUUUGAAAUUCCUCCUGGAGGGCAUCCUGGACCAUGGUUUGGGAAGUUGACUGUCUGCAGACUGAACUCAGAGGCCCGGAGCAAUUCCAUUUCAUGGGUCUUUUACCUGAAGGGCCAGCGGCCUCAGUCUUCUUAGGGAAGCAUAAAGAAAACACCCAAAGCAGAUAGAAAGUUCUAACCUUAUUCUUUAUUUCAGCUUAGGUUAUCUCUAUAACCUGAGUUGGGAUGUUAGACCGUUUUGAAACUAAAAUAUAAAUGUUGAUGCCAAAAAUAUAGUAUCUACAAGCUUUAAUUAUUUUGUUUCAAAAUAUAUUCAUUAAAAAACUGAAUAAAUGUUGCAGAGAAGCU